AUGGGUCUCACAAACAGGGAUCUCGUACAAAUAGCCACGAUUGUCGAAACGAAAACAAAAACCAUCUUUACUGAAGAAUAUUUACAAGGUGUAGUGGACAAAAUUGUCAAGAAAACCCAUGAUAAAUAUGACCGAAUAAUAUCAGAGCUUAAAAAUGAUAUGAAUUUUCUGAAAAAGGAAAACAGUGAGUUGAGAAUUGCGAUGGACAACAUGGAACAAAUAUCGAGAGAUAGAAAUGUGCGAUUUUUUGGUAUUCAAGAAAAUACCGGCGAAGACUUAGUUAGUGUUGUUCUGAAGGUAACUAAUCAUACGAUGAAAGUGAAACAUAUUACGGAAAAAAGUAUACUCAAAUGUCAUCGCAUACCGAACAAAAACACUAACACAGAUAAUCCGAGUCCUCCAGCAGUACUAGUACAGUUUGUUGACACCACAGUGCGUGAAAAAAUCUUGAGCAGCCGAAAAAAUCUGAAAUCAACAGGAAUAUCCAUACAAGAAGACUUGACGAAGAUGAGAUUAACCCUGAUGAAAAGCGCGAUAGACAAGUUUUCGAAGAAACAUGUGUGGUGUCGCAACGGCAACAUUUUUGUGAAGUAUAAUGAACGUGUGCAUCGAGUACAGCAGGAGAGUGAUCUUCUACGAAUCAAAUAG